UGCAUAAUCGUUGUAUAARUGCAGUAUAGUUGUGGUAAUUCCUAACCUGUAACUACAAUUCGACAUGCCUUAACCACCUAAAAUGUUAUAAAUUUCUAAUUAAAUUAAUUUGAUUGGAGGGUCGAUUAUACUAUAAACGAAUUCAAAGCAACUGGCUCGCGAAUUCUCUCGCAAUUACUCAGCGAGCUAGCCUGCAAAUAAAGUUGACGAACUGCUUAAACUUGUAUUGCUACUCGUUAUYAGUUUUGCUCCCUGGAGGUUGCAAUCGCUUUUUUUUAAAUUUGCAAUCGACAUACUUGCAAAUUCCUAGUGUACUAAUGACUAUAUWGUGGCUGCCAGUAAUCAUGAUUUGUGACUGAGCUAAUUUGCGCACGACUAUUUUCACUGAUACGCUGCGAGUAAAUUCGCUCUAAAUAAUUUAGGUAAAGCUUAUUAAAGGCUAAGAAUAUUUGAAAAAAAAAAACAAUUAAUCGAUUUGUACACUUCAUUUUAAAAUCGUAAUUUUCGAAUGAAAUGUAAUAUGCUAAUAUAUAAAUUAUAAGUGUAUAAAAAUAAGUUUCUGUGUAUAAAAAUAUAAAAGUUGAAAUUGUUUUAGAGUAGUAAACAAUUCAUGAUGUUAUAUCUAUGAUUUAUGUUAUUAUGUUCGUAUUACAUUAAAAUCGUUGAGCUCGGUUAUAGAUGUAUAAUAUGCUAUAUGUCUAUUGUCCAUAUACUAUGAACAUAUUACAUAUAGAAUUCGCAGUAAAAAUGAACUACCAAAAUCUCAUUAUUGUGGGUUAUAAAAUGUGUACAAAUAUAACAAUAAUAUAGUAUCAUAUGCAGUUGGCCUUAAAAUUGUUUUGUUAUCACAGGAUAGUUUUUAUUUUUUGGUCAUUAUACUCGUAAUUUAAUGUUUACAAAAUGUACGCAGUGAACGAGUUUCCUGAACCGUAUGUAUUGUUUCUCGUUUCGAAAAUUAAACAGUUCUCCAUUGCCGUGUUUCCGCUUAUAUUUUAAACAUUAAUUUAGUAUUUACAAAACACGAUUCACGAGGAAGUCUUCUGGUCGUUUGCACUCCGUUUAUAAAUACCGUCGUGCGAACGAAAACAAGCGCAUUCCCUUACUGUUAGCGGUCAGAGUUCGACAGGUAGGUAGGUACGACAAUUUCGAUCCACACUUGUUGUUCGUAUUAUAUUCAACAGCACUUACAGCUUCCAAAAACUAUAUCAGGAUGAUGAUCACAACAACGAUUGUGUCAUUAGCAGUCACAUUCGGGUCGAUCUCACUGUGUUUGGCUGAUCUAACCGACAGCGGUGACAUACAAAGGUCGGCGAUGCCGGUUCAAAAGCAAAAUGAAAUGUUAAAUCACGUGCCGUCGGUAAAAUCAUUACCAUUUCCCGGGUCAUCGAGUGGCGCGCAAUCGCAACCCUCGUCUGCCGCAAAAACGCCGUGUAUUUGUGGUGUGUUUUUGAGUAGCCAAAUCACCAAGGGUAGUAAAAAACAGCCAACCGGAUAUGCCGCGUUGUUGCACGAACAGGACGAACCAGCUUCCUGUAACGCUUUGGGCGUGAAAACUUGCACCAACAAGUGCUUGGAAAUUAUCGCAAAACACUUGCCAAACAGUCCGGCGAUAAUCUGCGGUUCGGUAGAUCGCGACGUGUACAAGGAACGAGCGCACCUGUUCGUGAAAAACUGCAACGACUCGUGGAUUAACACGCUCUUAUCGACCGGCAAGGAGUUCUGUUGCAAGGACGGCCUGCAUUAUAAAUGUCCUGUAUUGUAAUAUAAACAUGUAUAAUAUGUAUAUUAUAUAUAUUAUAUUGUA